AUGAGCUUGACUCGAGGACAUUCAUGCAUUGUCUGCCAGCAACGCAAAGUCCGCUGUGACCAGCAAAAGCCAUGCGCAAACUGUGUUCGAUCCCAGGUCGAGUGUAAAGUUGCGCCCCCACAGCUAGCAAGGAGGAGGAGGAAGAACCUCCAUGAGCGGGAUUUGCUGGAGCGACUUCGGAAAUAUGAGACACUAAUGACUCAGAAUGGUGUCUCCUUUGAUUCUGCUUUUGACGAUCAAGAUAAGAAUAUUGAGCGACAGGGCUCUAGGAGCAUAAAGCCUUCCCAGGGUUCACCUGGGGACAGUAUCCCUAACCAAAUACCCAGAGGCCAUGGAAACGAACGAAGAUAUCAGAAGUGGUUCGCAUAUUAUGACGAAUAUCGAUCAACCGAUGAUUUGCUGGAAGUGUCAACCGACGAGGAGCAAGACCAACCAACUAUCCAUCACGCUUUUGAUACGAUGUUUAGCGACUUCGAUACUUUCCCCUUCAUGGUAGGUGGGGCACCAACUCCAAUUACCCAUCUUCACCCUUCUGCAAUUCAGAUAUUCCAGCUAUGGCAGAUGUAUCUUGACAAUGUCAAUCCCCUCUUGAAGAUAUGCCACGCCCCUAAUUUGCAAGCUCAGAUUGUGGGAGCUGGGGUAAACUUGACUAAAAUACCAAGACCCCUCGAGGCUUUGAUGUUCAGCGUAUAUCUGAUCGCUGUGAAGUCAAUGACAGAUGAGGAGGUUCAAAGUACCCUCGGAGAACCCAAGUCCACUGUUCUCGAUCGAUAUUAUCAAGCAUCUCAGCAAGCAUUGGUCAAUGCUGGAUUUAUGAGAUCAAACGACCUAAUGGUAUUGCAGGCCUUCCUAUUGUGUCUGCUCGGCGUAGGACGCAAUGUUGAUCCGCGUUCGCUUUUCUGCUUGAUUGGGAUUGCUGUACGGAUAGCUACGAGACUUGGUUUGCAUCGGGACAGCGCCAAAUUUGGCCUCUCCCCAUUUGAAGCAGAGCAGCGGAGGCGAACCUGGUGGCAAUUAGUUACCCUCGAUAAACGGAUUGCGGAGAUGACAGGUUCCCCCAUCACAGCUCUGUCAUCUUGUGGGUCGGAGUGUCAACUCCCUUCAAAUGUUAACGACAGUGAUCUGCACCCAAAUUCAAAAGACGCCCCACGGCCGUCUACUGGAUUUACAGAGAUGUCUUUUGGUCUAACGCGAAUCGAACUUACCCUGGCAUCUGUUCCAGACAGUAUUCGUCCUAAACCACUCAACACGAAGGUAACACAUUCCGCCCAAGCGCCCUCUACAAAGUCACCACAUACAGGCCAGCAAGAUUCCCAUCACAUGUCACCUCCUGAUGCGGAGGAUUAUGACUCUUACUUUGAUUUUACUUUCAUAAAACACUGCAACCCUGAAAUUCCCAUCCAGCGGCUUACUAUGCUGGCAACCAAAGUUGGGCUUUGCAGGCUCCAUGUGGUUGAGUUUAUGUGCCGAGGAGUUCCCACAUCUAGCUUGAGCGAAAAAGAGCGUGACAGUACCUUUCUGAAGGCCAUCGAAAUGCUGGAAUAUGAUGAUGCAAUUCAUACCAGCGACAACCUCCGAGGCUUCCAAUGGUACACCCAGCUCCAAAUCCCAUUUCCAGGAUACAUUUUUCUUUCCAGCGAGCUAGUUCACCGAACGAGCGGCGAGCUUUGUGAGCGUGCAUGGCAAGCAAUCUGCAACAAUCAUGAGCAUCGGGGGCUUUAUCAUAAUCUUGAGAGCCCGAUGCAUAUGGCGUUUGGCCAUGCGCUCCUUAAAGCGUGGAUAUCCCGAGAACAAGCUGAGCUUCAACUGGGCAGAGCAAGUGAGCCCCCGAAACUGGUUACUGUGCUGCGUCAAAGGUUGGCUUCUAGGUUGAAAGGCAAGAACCCCGAAGUUGUGAAUAGAAGUGCGGAUACUGCCAAUACGGAAGUUUCUGGUUCAACUAUCAUCGAGUCGCAGGCAGGUAUUGGGUCGUCAUCUGGACUCGAAAGCACAUUCAAUAUGCCGGGGACUUCAAUAGGGGGAAAUUUAGAUCCAAUGACUGGAUCUAACUGGUUCGAUUCGAACCAAAUGGAUUGGGUAUACCUUAUGCAAUCUGGAGAAUUUGGAGGUCUUUUCGGAUGUGAUGGACCAGGUUUUACUUAA